AAUUUGUAUUACUAGGUUAUACUACUUGCUCGUAUUCAUAUUUCGUGUUCAUACAAUUGUCGCUCUUAUUGUAUCUCAUUACAAUCCAUUACCAUUACAAUCUUGCAUUUGCUGUAUCACUUUUACCUUGGACAACGUUUGACAGCCGUCGGUGGUAGUCGUGUUAACAUCAUUUGGUUUUUUUCGCAGUGCAGUCAAUAAGUUAGAAGUUGCAUCAGGUAAAUUGCCGCAAUGGAUACUUCACUGACAGGAAACCAGAUCCGGAAAACCUUCAUUGAUUUCUUCAUUGGAAAAGGUCAUAAAUAUGUGCAUUCUUCAUCCACUAUACCAUUGGAUGAUCCAACUUUACUUUUUGCCAAUGCAGGCAUGAAUCAAUUUAAGCCAAUUUUUCUUGGAUCGGUUGAUCCCAAUUCGGACAUGGCACAAUAUGUUCGGGUUGUGAAUACUCAGAAAUGUAUUCGAGCUGGAGGAAAACACAAUGAUUUAGAUGAUGUUGGGAAAGAUGUUUAUCAUCAUACGUUUUUUGAAAUGAUGGGGAACUGGUCAUUUGGAGAUUAUUUUAAAAAAGAAAUUUGUGCUUGGGCUUGGGAAUUAUUAACUGAAGUCUAUAAAUUAUCAGCUGAUCGAUUAUAUGUUACAUAUUUUGGAGGAGAUGCUGCAUCUGGCCUAGAACCAGACUUGGAAUGUAAAAACAUUUGGUUAAAUCUUGGAUUACCAGAAUCACAUAUACUACCAGGAAGUAUGAAGGAUAACUUUUGGGAAAUGGGAGAAACUGGUCCCUGUGGACCAUGCUCUGAAUUACAUUAUGACAGAAUAGGAGACAGAAAUGCAGCACACCUUGUCAACAUGGAUGAUCCAGAUGUAUUGGAAAUUUGGAACUUGGUAUUCAUACAGUUUAACAGAGAAGCAGAUAGCUCUUUGAAACCAUUGCCUAAGAAACAUAUUGAUUGUGGAUUAGGUCUAGAGAGGCUUGUUUCUGUUAUCCAAAACAAAAAAGCUAACUAUGAUACUGACUUUUUCAUGCCUUUAUUCAAAGCCAUUGAAACUGGUACAAAGACAAGACCAUACACAGGCAAAGUAGGUGCUGAUGAUGUUGAUGGUAUUGAUAUGGCCUACCGUGUGUUAGCUGACCAUGCAAGGACAUUAACUAUUGCUUUGGCAGAUGGGGGAUGUCCUGACAAUACAGGAAGAGGUUAUGUGCUUCGAAGAAUUUUACGCCGCGCGGUGCGCUAUGCAUCUGAAAAACUAAACGGGAAACCGGGAUUUUUCGGUUCACUAGUUCAUACUGUAGUAGAGUUACUUGGUGAUGUGUUUCCAGAAAUAAAAAAAGAUCCUGAAUCAAUCAUACAAACAAUAAAUGAAGAAGAAAUUCAGUUUUUAAAAACACUCUCUAGAGGUAGAAAUUUACUCAACAGAACUAUUGAAAAACUAAGUGGAUCAAAAAUCAUACCAGGUGAUGUUGCAUGGCGUUUAUAUGAUACAUAUGGUUUUCCUGUUGAUUUAACACAUUUAAUGUGUGAAGAGAAGGGAUUAUCGAUUGACAUGGAAGCUUAUGAAAAAGCUAAAAAAGAAUCCCAAUUAAAUUCUCAAGGUAAAGCUGCAGGUCAAGAAGACUUACUGGCUUUAGAUAUUCAUGCCAUAAAUCAUUUACAAGAAAGUGGUGUGCCUGUAACUGAUGAUUCACCAAAAUAUAGCUACACUCCAUCUUCAAAUGACAAAGAUGCCAUUUAUAGCUUUGCACCAUGUACUGCAACUGUUUUAGCUCUAAGAUGGAAUAAAGAAUUUGUAAGUGAAGUACAAUCAGGCCAGGAAUGUGGUUUAAUUUUGGAUCGAACUAAUUUUUACGCUGAACAGGGAGGUCAAAUAUUCGACGAGGGUUACAUGGUUAAAAUAGAUGAUGAUAGUGUUGAAUUUACUGUGAAAAAUGUUCAAGUCAAAGGUGGAUAUGUUUUACAUGCUGGUAAAGUGGAAGGCACAUUAAAAGUUGGUGACAAAGUUUCGUUGCACAUUGAUACUGAAAGACGAAGACUAGUUAUGAAUAACCACACUGGUACACAUAUUCUUAAUAAUGUGUUAAGAAAAGUUCUUGGAAAUGACUCUGAUCAACGUGGAUCUCUUGUAAUGCCUGACCGAUUGAGAUUUGACUUCACUAAUAAGGGUCCUAUGACUGUUAAACAAAUAAAAGAUGCGGAAGAUGAAAUUAAGAACAUUAUUGCUGAAAAUAAAGCUGUUUAUGCUAAACACACUAGUCUUGCUGAUGCAAAAAAAAUUAAGGGCUUAAGAGCAAUGUUUGAUGAACACUACCCCGAUCCUGUUCGAGUUGUUUCCGUUGGCAUACCUGUAGAAGAAUUAGAGAAAAAUCCCGAUGGUCCUUCUGGUUACGAAACAUCUGUUGAAUUUUGUGGAGGAUCGCAUCUUCAUCAAACCGGGCAUAUAGGAGAUUAUGUCAUAGUCAGUGAAGAAGGUAUUGCAAAAGGUAUUCGGAGAAUUGUUGCUCUGACUGGUCCAGAAGCCGUAAAAGCAUUGAAUAAGCUGAGUGUACUAGAAAAUGAAGUAAACAAUAUUGCUAACUUUAUCAUAGAGCAAGGUGAUGCAGUAAACCAUAAAGAAAAUGUAAAAAAAAUUGUAGAACUAACUAAUGAUGUAUCUCAUGCCCAAAUAUCAUAUUGGAAAAAGGAAGAACUAAGAAAUAUGUUGAAGGGAUUAAAAAAACAAUUAGACGAUAAAGAAAGAGCUUCAAAGGCAAUGAUUAUAACUCAGGUUAUUGAGAAAACUAAAGAAUUAUGUCUUGAAGAGAAGGACUCUGAUGUUAUUGUUACUGAAUUAAAAGCUUUAGGUAAUACUAAAGCUCUUGAUGGUGCCUUGAAACAGGUAAAACAAAUUCUACCAAACACUGCUGCAAUGUUCUUUUCUGUAGAUGAUGAGACAAACAAAAUCUAUUGCCUGGCAGCUGUGCCUAAAACUUUAAACGAGAAAGGUUUGUUGGCUUCUGAGUGGGUCCAAUCAAUUGUUAGUGUUAUGGGUGGUAAAGGUGGUGGAAAGGCAGAAUCUGCACAAGCAUCAGGAAAUAAUCCAAAAAGUAUUACGGAGGCAAUUAAAAUUGCCAAGGAAUUCGCGUCAUCGAAAUUAUAAGUUUGCUCCAGCCUGGCAUUUAAUUUCUUUUUUAUUAUCACGCAAAUUAGCAUUUUUCUAUAAAAGAAAUUGUUUUUAUGUUAAUUUUAAUCUCUGAAUGUGUUAAUUCUUUCUCAAAAUGUAUCA